UGGGCUUGGCCACUGACUGAAUGACUGUAUUGUGUAUUUGUUUGUUGUUAAAAGUCGUUUGGUUAACCCGAGGAGUUGUCAUAAUAGUUAGUACUAAAUUUGUGACUUUAAAAUGAAUCAAAAUAUUAUACUUAUUGUUUUGUCUACGUGCCUUACGUCUAGUUUAUUUAUUAGCUACUGUGAAGCAGUGCGGUGUUACCAGUGCUCCUCCCAUCAAGACCCAAAAGGACAAGACAACUGUGGUGCCUAUGAAAAGUUCGAGAAAGAUAGACACAUAGCUGUUGAAUGUAACAGUGAUGAGUCUGUAGCACCUGGAUCUUUCUGUAUGAAAAUAACGCAACAAGGUCCCAGAGGAUUCAUUUGGGACGGCAGAUGGAGACAGGUGAUACGCCGUUGUGCCUCUGUAGCUGACACUGGCGUCACCGGCGUCUGUAACUGGGGUGUUUACGAGAAUGGUAUUUACUGGGAGGAGUGUUACUGCUCUGAGGACGAGUGUAACGCAUCCGUUCCCACUAUGUCUAGCUUCAGAAAUGUCAUUAUUGUGUUGAUAAUAUCAACAUUCUUUUCGCUGUACCAGUAAUGUUUUAUGUUGUGAAAUUGAUCUGAACAAAAUAUGUGGAUCUGUGUAAUUUUUUUAGAAAGUUACUUGAAACUGCAAGUAAGACAGGAGUAGUUUUAUACGUUUUACAAAAGGUUUACUGUAUUUACAGUAAGGUUUGUACAGUUUUCUUUUAACGAACUGUGUUAUGGCUUUAGUAACGGAAGUAUUUAUUUUUCUGUUCAAUCCAAGCAGUUAAUAGCAUCUUAUCGCACUAAUAGAAGAGAAAGUGGUAAUCUAGAUUAAUUAUUACAAUUAACGCACUUCCAUUUCAGAUUCAACACUGUUUAUCAUAACCUGUGUCUAAUAUCAUACCUCCUUAUCUUUGUACUCUUGACACUCACAGAUGCCAAAGGGUUUAUCUAAACAAUUUAUUUAACUCUUAGUUACUGGAUAAAUUUAUGAUUAAACUACUGUUUACAAGACACUAAUUAAAUGCAUGGUCCAUUCAUAAUAUAUAAAUAUCUAUUUUAUGACAUAUUAAUUUAUUGGAAUCAAUAUUAAAACUGUAUUGUGUCAAAAGUUUUAAAUUAUGUAUUGUCAAUAAGCAGCAACAUUCAAUCAUGUACUUAUUCAUUUUGUUGUAUUAUGACAAUUUUUCUUGAAUAGGAUAAAGAAAAUUUCCUAUAUAAUUUGUGCAUC